CAGCGUAUGAUGCAAGGAGCUCUUUAAAAUGGAUUUCGGCUCUCCUUUUACUCUGCAGUGCCUGCUGGUGAUAAUAACUGUUACUCAUGGCUCUGCUGCCCGGAUCGGUGUGCUCAGUGGCGGCUCAGCAGUCUUUUCUGUGGGAAACCAAAGCCUGCAGAACCUCUCCAGAAUGAGCAAAGGGGACGGGGUGUGCUCGACAACUGUCUUAAAUGACGCUUUGUUGGCCAAGUGCGGCAAUUCUGCCUGUAGAUGCCUGAAAUGGCUGAAUGGCUCCCUGGAGCUGAAGAGUGUGGAGAAAGAGGAUGAAGGAAAAUAUGAAUUUGUUUUUCCCAACACCACCAGUUACUUUGCACUGGAAGUAUUUGAGCCGACCAUUGGGAUCCAGUGCUUCCCCAAUGGGACUGCAGAGUUGUCCUGCAACGCGACCAGCACUGAGAGCAUGACCUUUCGGUGGCAGCUGAGUGGCAAAGAGCUGAGCGCCCCUGGGGCUUGUGUUAAGGACGGCGGGAGGAAGGUUCGCCUGGACAAAACCGUGCCUGGGGAAUUUGUGUGUGUGGUGUCCCACGGGAGCAGUGUCACGAGGACCAGGCCUGUUGCACUGUCUUGUAGCUAUGGAGACUUGCUGCAGUACCCGUGGUUCAUUUACAUCCUGGCAGGGUGUGCAGUGGGUGUGUUUAUCCUGGUGGUGGUUGUGCCCUCGGUUGUAUGUUGCUGCGUGAAAAGGAAACACAAGUUCAUCCCUGUGCCUUCAGAGGAGGAGAAGGAUGACGGACUAACCAUGUCAGUGGUGUCCAGUGAAGGUGUGAAGAGCCCCCCCAAUGGAGACCACGUCGAGGUUCAAGCUGCCCAAGCUGACCGCCCUCCAAAGCCUGAUGCUGCCCAGACUGGUCCAGGUGUUGAGGCCCAGCCACCGGCAGAAGAAAACUUAGCAGUGCAGAUAGAAGCUGAGGAACUGCCAGACCCUGAGGUCAUAGCUGAUGCGGAAAGCCAGGAAGAUGCCUCGGACUGUUUCCCAGAUCUAACUGAUGACUGAUCUGACAUGCUUGCUGUUCCACCCUGAAGCCUAUGACACUUGUCCUUUGCAUCCCAUAGUCUCAUCGUGUGUAAGAAUUAGUCUGGCAAAUUUCAGAAGGGAAAAGAUGUGAGGUGUCAGACCUUCUAACCUCAUUUAAAAAAUAAAAAAGAAAAUAUAAAGAAAAGCACACCAGUGGCUUCAAGGCCACACUGCCAUGAGCUGACAGGUUCACUAACAAACAAAACUGGGCAGCUCCUUGAUGCUUUGCUUGAUAACAGAGCUGCAGCUAAACUGUGCUGCCCCAGGUGACAGCCUGAAACAAACUGGGUGGUUCCUCCUGCUCCCUGCCCACCCAAUGCCUUGCCAUGUCUUUGCCAGCCAAAGACAGGCAUGACAGGGGGAUUGUGGUGUCCUGCCAGUCCCAGACAUAAACAAAGGACUUGCCAGAAAUUUCCUGAGAAAGAAAAAAAAUCUCGUCUUGGGAGAUUUCAAGGCAUUUUUUCACAGGCCCUGCAAAAGAAACUCAGUGGAGGUUUCAACCAGGUAUCUGUGUGAAGGGUGUUUAUCUGAGCUCUGGACCCUCUGUGAUCUGCCCCUCACUGCUUGCUGCCUGGGGCCAGGAGCAGUCGUGGGGACUGGAGGGUGAUGACUGGCUUUGCUCACCUGC